CGGCUGUACUGUAGCUAGGGAGUGGCGUCGGAAGACUGGAGGAUAUGCACGGUGUACUAAGGCUCAGCUCUCGCACCAUUCAGAAGUACCUCAUUGUUAAUCGUCUGCAGGAGCGCGGCGGAGGCUGUGGACGGAGUUUAAGGGGCUAGGUUCCAUUUGUUUGCUGUGUGCUGAGAUGCCAGAUAAGGCACUGGAGGAGCUAGAGGCCAUUUCCAGAAGUGAAGUGACCUCAGCUUUGCUUCAGUGCUCCCGGUCACAGGGGAAGGAAUCCUUGUUGCAGCAGGACUGAUGUCACCGUUAUUUAUGAAGGCAACUGGGAGCUUGUGAAAUGAAACCAACUGAGAGAAUUUUAGCGGACCUGGAAAAUAUGGCUGCUGUGUUCAAUGAUUACCAUGAGUUCCCAGAUAUCCUACCACCUGUUCGAGAGCCUCCCUCCCAUAGAGCAACCUUGACUAGACUCAGAGAUAUUAGAUACUACGGGGGAAUGAGGAGCAUGGAUUCGUACGAUCGCGACCGUCCCAUCAGCUACAGUUCCACGUCGUCUUCUGCCUCCUCCAGGGACAGCCGCAGCUCCUUGAGCAGUGGAAUGACUCUGGUCUCCAACAGCCACUUGGGUCUUGCUGGCCAGGAGAAGGAAGCUGGAGCCAUCCGGCUGGAGUUGAUUCCAACACGACAAUUAUCUGGGGAGGAACCGCAUGGAAGGAGCAAGUCGGGCUGUGCAAAUUCUGGAGAGGUGGCAGAGAAGAGACUGGCAGUCGGUGGGAUCAAGAGAGUCGACUCCAGGGCGACCCACAGGAACCGUGCAACCUCGCCAGGGGCAGCAUCUGGAAGUCCCAAGCUCCUUUACGUGGAUAGGGUUGUGCAGGAAAUCCUGGAGACGGAACGGACCUAUGUUCAAGAUCUACAGAGCAUUGUGAAGGACUAUCUUGACUGCAUCACGGACCAAACAAGGCUCCCCCUGGGCACAGACGACCGCUUGGCCUUGUUUGGGAAUAUCAGGGACAUUUAUCACUUCAACAGUGAACUGCUUCGAGAUCUGGAGAGUUGUGACAGUGACCCGGUUGCAAUUGCGGAAUGUUUUGUAGCAAAGAGUGAAGAAUUCCACAUCUAUACACAGUAUUGCACAAACUAUCCCAGGUCUGUAGCAGUGUUAACAGAAUGUAUGAGGAACAAAGUGCUUGCCAAAUUCUUCAGAGAGCGACAGGAAACCUUGAAACACUCCCUCCCACUGGGAUCCUACCUUCUCAAACCUGUGCAACGCAUCCUAAAAUACCAUCUUCUCUUGCAUGAAAUAGUGAGUCAUCUGGAGAAAGAUACAGAGUGUUAUGAUGUGGUGCAGGAUGCCAUUGACACAAUGCAGAGGGUGGCUUGGCACAUCAAUGAUAUGAAGAGGAAACACGAGCAUGCAGUACGGCUGCAGGAGAUACAAAGCCUGCUGACAAAUUGGAAAGGUCCAGACUUGACCAGCUAUGGAGAACUGGUCUUGGAAGGAACGUUCCGCUUUCAGCGGGCCAAAAAUGAACGCACUUUGUUUCUUUUAGAUAAACUUCUUCUCAUCACUAAAAAAAGGGAAGAAACUUAUGCCUAUAAAGCUCAUAUUUUGUGUUGUAACUUGAUGCUUGUGGAGGUGAUACCAAAGGACUCUCUUGGUUUUAGUGUUUUCCACUACAAGAAUCCCAAAGUACAGCACACAGUACAGGCCAAGUCAAUGCAGGACAAGAGGCUUUGGAUUCUUCAUCUGAAGAGGCUUAUUCUUGAAAAUCAUCCAGCCAAGAUCCCAGCCAAGGCUAAACAAGCAAUUCUAGAGAUGGAUGCCAUCCAUCACCCUGGGUUCCACUACAGCCCAGAGGGUGAGAGGAGAGCAGACGUGGAGGACCGAAUCACGCCGCGCAGAGUCCGAAGGAAGUCCGAGCCAUCAGCAAGAAUGAAGACUCCCAAGCAAGCAGAAGCCAGACAAGACAAGCGUGCCAGUGUUGAAGGAUCCCUCCUUUCUCCAUCUGUGGAAGCGUUAUCCAAUGAAACUACCCCCGACUCCAAGAGCAAAAUCAAUGCAUUCUCUCGUGGUGACACUGUCAGCCAGUCACAGGAGUCCUUGGAGCCGGCCUAUCCAAGUGAUCUUGAAGAAAGCCUCCACCUGCGCACCUUGGACCAGACUGAUGCCGAUGAUGAAGAAGAAAUUGAACAGAUCGCGUCCAAAUCUCCGGCGAAAGAGAGCCGCCAGUUCUCCGUCCACUCAGUGCGUCAGGGCGCCAAGCCAGCCAGCCUAGCUGUGGGGUGGGACGACUAUGCGACCCCGGUGGCGGACAGCGAGCGGUUGAGAACCGAGCGGGCCCGGCCCAGCGCCGGCCGGGUCUCGUUCCCCGGCCCAGCACUGCCCCGCAGGAAUGGCGACUACCAGGUGUUUGUGCCGGCUGCCUCGGCGCCCGAGCUGCACUCCACGGUGGUGAGCCCGCUCCACGGCGCGGCUGGCUACCGACAUCCAGUCCGGGAGCGCCCGCCAGGGGGCCCGGACCAUGGGAUCGUCCGGCGGGCCAGCAGCGCCGGGGAGAGCCGCUCGAGCUGCCGAGCCGGGAGCGAUGGAGGCCGCCCGUCGGUGGGCCUGCACCGGGCUGAGAGGUCGGAGACACCGGCCGGCGAGCAGGCGACCGGCGGAGCUCAGCCCCUGCGGGCUCCGGAGCAGCAAGACCGAGGCCAAGCGGACACGGGGAUCCAGGGCCUGCCCACUGCCGCGGCGUCGCCCAAGCGGGAGCUGCCGGCGUUGGAGUGCGCAGAUGGGAGGUUGGCGCCAUCCGAGAAGGCCUUCAAGAAGCCCAAGAAUGACUGGGAGGCCUGCGGCGACUGGGACAGCUUCCCGGGCCUGGGAAUGAGUCUGGAUGGCGGCUUCGCCUCGGAGGAGAGCCUGCAGUGCAGCGGCGAUGAUACCUCGGAGCGCAGCCGGUCGCCGGCCAAGGGUGGGCCGGCCUGGACCGGCAGCUCCUCCAACUCCAACUCGGCGUCACGGGAGUCGGUGCCGGACAAGCUCUCGGAAGAGGUGGACGAGAUCUGGAACGACCUGGAGGACUACAUCAGGAGGAGUGAGGAGACCAGACGGGACCGGCUGCCCGCCGCCUUCCCCGUCAGCCAGGACGACCUGGGCGCGCUGGGUGGCCGGAGACCCAGGCCGGCGGCUAGUUCGGGCCCGGAGAGCCCCGGGCUCGCGGAAGCGGAGAAUAGCAGGCGCGGCAGGCUGAGCACUGCCAGCACCGGGACCGACGGGGGUGAGCCGAGCGGAGAGGCCUCGCCGCUGAGUGCCAGUGCGGCUACCUUCGCAGACUGCGAGGGGCUGGAGGCGGACAGCCCGCUGGGCAGCACAGAGGCCGUCGGCCAAGAGCUGGAUCUCGUGGACCGCACCAAACGCAGGGUCUACUACAUGGCCCGGCAGUACAGCCAGAAGAUCAAGAAGGCCAACCAACUCCUGAAGAUGAAGAAUGCGGGGGAGCAAUCGCCAUCCGAUCAGCCCAAGAGGAAGUGCAAGGACCUGGCAGCUAUCCUGGAGGAAAAGAGACAAGGCGGCACUGCCAUUGGAGCUCGGAUUGCCGAAUACUCCCAGCUGUACGACCAGCUCAUGUUCCGAGAAACUCCCCCCAGGUCGUCGGCAUCGACGGACAGCGAGGUGUGGUCGCGGGGUUCACCCCAGGGGCUGCUGUCCGCCUGCAGCUCCCACGGGCGCAGCCUGGACGCGGAGGACUGGCUGCUCCACUCCACCUACAGCAACGGGGAGCUGGCGGACUUCGUGGCCUGGCCAGACAUCCAGGAGCUGGCAGCCAAGUACUCCUCGCCGGCGGCCGGGGCGCGGCUGCAGGCCCAGGGAAGGUUGGCCGGUUCGUCCCCCUCGGUGGCGGCCGACCGCCCCCCAGAGCAGCGCUGGAGCACCCUGGUCACGCCGCCCAACGGGACGGGUGGCCCGACGCUGGGGCGCAAGGAGGGUGGGGCGCGGGGUGUGUCGCUGUCCUCCCCCUCUGUGGCGGCCGACUGCGGCGGCGAGGCCGGGCAGCCCGAGCUGACCCUGCGGGACCCGCAGCGGGUGGUGCUGGUGGGUGGGACGCCGGCGCUGGACGCCCGCUCGGCGACCCGCAACUACCUGGCCAACUUCAACGACACGGGCGAGGACGACGAGGACUACGUGGAGAUCCGCUCCGAGGACGAGGACUACGAGGAGCUAGACGAGGGCAGCCUGGCCGCCGACACCGUCCUGCCCGCCGGCGGCACCGCGCUGGAGCCCGGGCUGCACCCACCCGGUGGCACCUCCUGCACCCCGCCAGCGGACAGCAGUGCCAGCGUGCCCGGCUCCCUGGCUGCCCUGGCCGAGCCUGACCAGCUGAGCCACUACCUCUGGCGGGAGCCCUCCCCCGGCCAGCAGAACAUCGUACAGACGCUGCGGGACAAGUUCCAGUGCCUCAGCUCCAGCAGCUUCGCCUAGUGGGCAGGCUGGGCUGGAGAAAGAUCAAAGGGAAACUGGACCUGUAUUGACUCAGCUCUGAUAGAUCUCUGGUUUGCACUCCCUGAUCGAGUCAUAGUGUCAAGUAGUAUCUAGAUUCGGGGAAGGUGCAAGUUUAUCACACAAAAAAAACAAUGCAAGUAAAUGUUUACUUUUGUACAUAUAGGGAAUCACUGGCAGAAUCGUGAGCAAAAGUCGCAACUGCAGUGCAAAAUACAGUGGGAGUCGUGGGUGGUGUUAAGUGCCUCUUGCGAUGGGAAUGAGUGGUGGUAGUGGUCGCGGCCGGUUCUGGCACGGAACUGGUAACUGUUCCCUCCUAAUGUACUGGUCUUGCGUUCACUAUCUCACGGCACACUUGGGUGUGUUGGUAGGGAGGAACGAAUAGUCGCAUCCUCAGGAGUCCCAGUCUCUGCCACCCCUGCUGCACCCCCCCCCCCCCCCCCCAGACUGAGAGUAUAAUUGAUCUAGUUGCACAAAAUGAGUGGAUAAUUUAUUUGGGACUUGUUUUGGUCCCACUCGCCAUGUUUUGAGACUGGUGUGAGACCACUGAAAUUGAGGAAUGCACAAUAAUGGCAAUUGGUUUGGUGGAGGGGAAAUAUCUUGUGUGGGAGGUGCAAAGUGUGGAAUAAAUCCAGAUUGAGGAAGGAGGUCCACACCUGACUGUUACCUGUCAUUUCCACCAGAUCUGCUGUAGGGUAAUAAAAACGGACAAUUCUGGAAGUACUUAACAGUUUGAGCAGCAUCUGUGAAGAGAAUGGCAACUGAUGUUCACGUGGAUGACUGUUGAUCUGAAACAUGACUGUUUCUCUCUCCACAGAUGUUCAACCAGCAUUUUUUUUUAAAUUUCAGAUUUCCACCAUCUGCAGUUUCUUGCUUUUCAAGAAUGUCUGAGUGGUCCUGCCACUCAUGAGAGCAGCUGAGUUCACUGAACAGAGCUUCAUGUGGUUGAUAAACCAGUUGGAAAACAACCUAGCUUCAUAUUUAAACCUGAACCACUAGCCAUCCCAUAUAGUUAUUGCUAUGCACUUGCCUAAAUCUUAUCUUUAAUCCCAUCAACCCCACCCUUGAUUAUUGUCUCCAGAAUAUGAGGACUCUAAUGCCAAAAUACUAAUAAUGCAAGCCUCCAGUUAUCUCCAACUCACUUGUGCUAGCAAUCAUUCUGUCUUGCUAACUUGAACUCUUGAGCAUUCCAAAGUCCCCAUUAUUUAAUCAUUUUUAAAUGGAUGGCAGCACUUCUGCUGGCCAGGAAUAAGCAGAAUGUAAUUUAAACAAUGUUUUGUGACGUUGGGUGGAGAGAGCCUAAUGAUGAAUUGAGAGGGGUGGUAUUCCUGAAGCAGGGAUGUUGGUAUCUGUUGGCAAAUUGGCAUCUACCUUGUGGUCAGGACUGUCAUUUGGAUGUGAGCAAUUGUUGCAUAUUGGAACAGGGUCAACUGGUUAGAGGAGGCACAACACAAUGCAGGUGAUGUUACCUUUUUGGAGGUUUAAGGGAAUACAUCAUUUAUAAGCCAACACCAUAGUACAUUUUGAAAUCAGCUUCCGUUCCAGACCAAGAGAUUCAUUUGUGUACCUUUGAUUUGACAUGUACCUCACUACUUCCUGUAAGAACAUUAUGGAAAGAUGGUAGCUGUUCCAAUUUAAAGAACUGACCUAUUAGUCUGUCUUUUCCUGUAUGGUCCAUUUGAUGACCAGGUGUGUGGGUAUGGAACUCGUCCCCACUCCUCCUCUCUCUGACAGUCCAUCCAUUUACAUUCAGAUCCCUGGUAGAUGAAAUAUUGCUGAUGGUGCAAUCCCUCAGAUUAAUCGUUCACUGUAAUUAGUCCAUAUCAAUGCUUAGUGAAGGAUAUAGUUUAGAAUCAUUCAUUAUCAGUCCAAAAGUGGUCUCCACCUUUUUUCUGUUCCAUGGAAGUGCUGAAAACCAAUAAUUUAUGCAUGUUCACAAUAAAGAUCGUUGAAUUGAGAUUGAACACGUACCAAUUUUAAGCUUGGCAUUCGAGCCACCAAGCCUCGUAUGAAAUUGGGAAGAAUUAAAAUGUUCAGACCCAGCAUCUGAUCAUCAAGAGCCCACUGUUUGGAAAUAUUAUCCCCACAGAGUUGUGUUUCUGUUUGUCUUCAUAUUAUUUGUUUGAUUGAAUGAUUGAAGGGUGGGGAUAUUCGUCACUCAUUUAUCAGCUCUGGUUUAUUGAUGAGCAGUGGUGUUGGGGAUGCUUUGAGGCAGGGCCACAAAGCUGUCCAAGAGGAUGGUAUGGACGGGCACAAGCUUGAGCUUCAAUGCACAAAAUACACCCACUUAGUCUAUGCGCUCUUGGGAUAUGGCUCUGCUUCAUAUAACUAUGCAAUAUGACUCCCAUGUUUGGUUUCUGUUGCAUAGUUGCAUUUUCUUCAUCUUUAUAGAAAAUCAGACAGACAAAUUGUGAUUUUUCUUUUUCCCCCGAGCAAAAGACAUUGCUUUUUAUUUUAAGCAAUAAUGAAAUGCACUUGUGUGAGAUUUCACUGACUUCUAAUUGUAAAAAUCAGUAGAUGGGAACAGUCUUCACAAAGUUUAAAGCUUGUAAAUUUCAUAAGUAUAUUUUUAAAAUAACAAUAGGUCAAUAUUUUAUUGUAAUGCUCCUUUAUUGGAGGUUUGCUGUAGUUUAAUGUGUUAAUUCAAGAAUCAUUGAACUGGAGAGAUGAGAUCCUGGUGAUGUAUUUCAGAGAAACUAUCAGGAUUUCUCAUUACCUGUUUAAUUCUGUCAUUCCAUCAGAAGCUAAGCUGUACAAAGCGCAUUGCCAAGAAUCUAUCUUCAAUAGUAAGAGAUCAUUGGCCAAGUUCACUUGCAGUUCUGACAUUUGGUACGUGGGGUACAUUUGUCAGUUGUUCAAACUGAAGUGAUUGUUGAGUUGACCAACUUGUUAAUUAAAAAAAAUGAAGUUAUCUAUCUCAAAGACUGCGGUUCUCAUAUCUUAUCCUAUGGAUGAGAAUUUGAGCUGGAAGUGACUUCCAAGAACAAAUUUGCACUUUUUAUGGUUAUUUUGUAAAACAAAAUGAAUGUUGAACAUGUAGCAAAAUGAUGAAAAAAAUGACGCUUGCUUUAUUAAUUUUACUAUGCUCAAAACAUUGAGCCUAAUGCAUGCCAAAUCGCCAGGAAUAGUUUGAACAUUUCAUGUUUUUUUUAAAAAAGUGAAUGUGUUUUCUGUGUGGAGGGAUGCAGGGCUGUACAGAAAUAAACUGUUUGAAAUAAAUAAUUGAAUCAUU